AUGCACUCCCCAUCUAUAACGGCACAACCCUCACCAAUCGUGUCUGCAACCCAUCAUACAACUUCAAACAAUUCUGAAGGAUUUAGUUUACUCUCCCGCCAAAGUGAACUCCAUACAACACAACAUCAACCAACAUCAACACACACACCAAUAAUGAGAAUGACAACAACCACAUCAUUUCCAACCUCAAAUAGCAUGAUAUUUGGUUCAACAACGACGACGAGUAACUCAUCUAUCUUUUUACAAACUAGUUCAAAUGUACCAUACAACAACAAUCAACAACAGCAACAACCAAUGAUUACAUUCAAUAAUAGACAGGAUAUGAUGGCUAUAUCUUCAUCUCCUUUAUCCAAUCCUCCAACAAAUCCUUUCGCAUCACCUUCUUCCAAUAAUCAAUCUUCCUCCACAGCAUCUUCAUCCUCCAUACAACCUUUGACAAAUGUUCAACAAGUCAACCAAAACAUGUACAAUAAUGAUCAAACACCUUCAUUCAUAACAAGUACAGUUCCAAUGUCAACUGUCAUGCAACCAAGCAAUAAUACAACAUCGAGUUCAACAUCCUUAACCCCUGCAAAUAAUGAUCCUAACAAUACAAAUAGCUCACUAAGAUUCGUUACUGUUACAAAUGCUGCAGGACGAUAUGAAGGUGAGGUUAAUGUUAAAAACGAGCGUCAUGGUAAAGGAACAAUGUAUUUUGCUGGAGGAGGAUUUUAUAAAGGAUAUUGGGUGAAUGAUAAAAUGGAAGGAAAAGGUGAAUAUUCUUGGGGAGAUGGUAAUCAUUAUUUAGGCAUGUUCAGAGAUGGCAAACAAAAUGGUGUUGGUGUCUAUGAAUGGCCUUCUGGAGGAAAAUAUAUUGGUCAUUGGAAAGAUGACAAAAUGCAUGGAUUCGGUACAUACAAAAGAGAUGAUGGAAUUGUAUAUUUUGGUUUGUGGGAAGAUGACCAUCAGAGUGGAAUGGGACUUAAAGUUGUUCCAGCUCGUUUUUGUCAUGGAGAAUCACAGAAGAGUUUUGCAAGAAGAAAAUUUAGAGAAAUUUGGAAAGAUAAAACUUUAAUCUAUCAGAAAGAAAUAAUUGAAAUGCCAAACGUUUUAGCAUUACAGGAGAAAAAUCGUCUUACAGAUAUUUCAAUAGUCUGUCAAUCUGACGACGACCAAGAACCUUGCUAUCAGGAUCCAAUAGCCUUACAAAGAUUUUUAAGAUCAAGCAGUUCUAAUUUAACCUUAGAUUUUGCAAAGUAUUUUACUAUCUCUCAAAAUUCAGAUGAAGAAAGUGAACCAAACAGAAGGAAACACUAUCUUGAACAUGAUGAUCAAUCACCAUCUGAUUCCAAAUUAACUAAAUACACUCAUGAUAGGGAGUAAAACCCAUUGCGUUAAAACACGAGAUGGAUUGGAUUGUUGUUAGUUAUGAAUCAGGGCGGUGCAUCAUUUUUAAUAAAUUAAGAUAGUUUAUUUCUUUUU